AUGUUACCUCGCAGCAUUCGAUCUGGAAGACAAUUGUUUGGUCGCUAUCAGCGUCCUUUGCUUAGAUCAUUAAUUGUCCAACCUACUUUGCAACACAGUCUUAAUGCUUCCAAAGCUAUACCAAUGGCAAUUGUGAGAUACCAGAGUGGCUCGCCAUCAGAGUCAGCUGCAUUUAAACCAAAGGGAGAACAAGGCGAGUUGUUGAUUGAAUUCACAUGUAACGUUUGCGACCACAGAUCGCAACAUAAUAUGUCGAAGCAAGCUUACGAACACGGCACAGUGUUGAUUCAGUGUCCUGAAUGUAAGAAUAGACACUUGAUUGCUGACCAUUUGGGGUUCAUUAGAGAUGAAGGAUUCAAUUUGGAAGAUUACUUGGGAAGCGAAGGUGAGGAAGUCAAUCAAAAUGUGUUGCAAUUCAAUAAGGUCCCCGAUAGCUUGAAACAUAGUACUGGCCAGGAAGCUGACGAGCAACCACCUAAGGAGGAGAAGAUUCUAGACCUUGAAGGUUCAGAGCCCAAAGUUAUUAAGGAUAAUACCAAGUAA